CGGGGCGCUGGAGCGCGGCGACACUCACGCCGCGGGAAGGACGGACGGACGGACGCGCCGCCGGCCCCUCCGCAGCCAUGGCCGAGCGCGCCGCCCGCCGCUGCUGCCUCGGCUGGGACUUCAGCACGCAGCAGGUGAAAGUUGUUGCUGUUGAUGCAGAGCUGAAUGUGUUCUAUGAGGACAGUGCGCAUUUUGACAGAGACCUUCUAGAAUUCGGGACUCAGGGUGGAGUUCACAUUCACGAGGAUGGGCUGACAGUGACAUCUCCAGUCCUGAUGUGGGUCCAGGCUUUGGAUAUCAUCUUGGAGAGGAUGAAGGCCUCGGGCUUUGACUUCUCUCAAGUCCUCGCCCUGUCUGGGGCCGGCCAGCAACAUGGAAGCGUAUACUGGAAGGCUGGGGCCAGCCAGGUGCUGAGAAGCCUGUCACCAGACCUCCCGUUACAUAAGCAGCUGCAGGCCUGUUUCUCCAUCAGCGACAGCCCGGUGUGGAUGGACUCCAGCACCACAGCCCAGUGUCGCCUGCUGGAGGCCGCGGUGGGCGGAGCCCAGGCUCUCAGCUGCCUCACAGGCUCCCGGGCCUACGAGCGAUUUACGGGAAACCAGAUCGCGAAGAUUUACCAGCAGAACCCCGAGGCCUACUCACACACGGAGAGAAUUUCUUUGGUCAGUAGCUUUGCUGCCUCCCUGUUCCUUGGGUCUUACUCUCCUAUCGACUGCAGUGAUGGUUCUGGAAUGAAUUUGUUGCAGAUCAAGGACAAAGUCUGGUCGCGGGUCUGCCUUGCUGCCUGUGCUCCUCAUUUAGAGGAGAAGCUUGGCUCACCGGUACCGUCCUGCUCAGUUGUGGGAGCCAUUUCUUCCUACUACGUCCAGCGCUAUGGAUUUCCUCCAGGGUGCCAAGUGGUGGCCUUUACUGGGGACAACCCUGCGUCGCUGGCAGGCAUGAGGCUGGAGGAAGGUGACAUUGCGGUCAGCCUGGGCACCAGCGACACCCUAUUUCUCUGGCUCCAGGAGCCCAUGCCCGCCCUGGAAGGUCACAUCUUCUGCAACCCCGUUGGCUCCCAGCACUACAUGGCACUCCUCUGCUUUAAAAAUGGCUCCCUCAUGAGAGAGAAGAUCCGUGAUGAGUCAGCUUCCUGUUCCUGGAGUGAGUUCUCUGAGGCACUGCGGUCCACCGAGAUGGGGAACGGCGGGAACCUGGGUUUUUAUUUUGACGUAAUGGAGAUCACCCCUGAAAUUAUUGGGCGCCAUAGGUUUAGUGCAGAAAACCACAAGGUCCCAGCAUUCCCCAAGGAUGUGGAGAUCCGAGCACUGAUUGAAGGGCAGUUCAUGGCCAAGAGGAUUCAUGCCGAGGGCUUGGGCUACCGAGUCAUGCCCAAGACAAAGAUUUUGGCCACUGGAGGGGCAUCUCACAACAGAGACAUCUUACAGGUACUUGCGGAUGUGUUUGGCGCCCCAGUGUAUGUCAUAGACACUGCCAACUCUGCCUGUGUGGGCUCUGCGUACCGAGCUUUCCAUGGCCUUGCAGCUGGAACAGACGUGCCCUUUUCAGAGGUUGUGAAAUUAGCCCCACCUCCCAGAUUAGCUGCUACCCCAACCCCAGGAGCUUCUCAGGUCUACGAGGCCCUCCUUCCACGAUACGCCAAGCUUGAGCAGAGAAUCCUGUCGCAGACCCAGGGGCCUCCUGAGGGAAUGCCUCAGGCCCAGGCACCCCUGUUAACCCUGCCUGCCCAGACUCACUGAUCCCGCCUCGAGACGUGCUCCUGGACAGCAGGGAUCCUCCUCCUUGUUCUAAGUGACUGUGCCUGCCCACCUUGCACUGCUCCAGUCCUGCCCCGGACCACCUAAACCCAAGGGACUUUUAUGUACAGGGACUUAAAUCAGCAGCACGGGGGAAACAAAGCCAUCCCUCAUCCCUUGACCCCAGCACCCCCUUCUCCAACUCGGACUCUUUGGCCACUCCUCCCCAAACUGCAACCCACAGCCACCCCCGCCCCAUACCGUGACCCCGCUAUCCCAUUUCACCACCCCCCCAACCCUGACUCCCUUCUUUCAGUGUCUGAAUGGCCUCCUGGUUUCUUCCUUUCUUGUCUUCCCCAUGCUUACUCCUCCUUCAAGGUUUCUCCCUUCUGUCCUUCCAGCAUCUGCCCCUCAUCCUACGUGAUCUCUUCUUCCUCCCCGUGCCCACCUGCUGAAACUCACUGCCUCCCACCCAAAGAGUUUGACACACCUGAUGACCGUGCUUCCUGUCCCCUCCCAUCAGCUCUCCCCACCGGUUGCCUGACUCCCUGGCACACCAGACCACUUGGAGGGCCCCUCUCCCCGGUAGUACAGGGUAGCACCUCCCUCCCUCCGUCCCUUCCUUCAGAGAGAAUUUCUCAAAUUCUGGAUUUUUUUAUUCUAUUUCUGUGGUGUCGUUUGACAUGUUCUCUGUCUUCUAUAUUUCCUGAAGAUUGGUGGUUGGAUCCAAUACAGAGUUCCUCACCCACAGUACUGUUGACAUUUGGGACUGGAUAAGUUUUGGUUGUGGGGGGCAGCAGUAUCACUGGCGGCUACCCGCCAGAUGCCAGUGUCACCCUCUCCCCGAGUCGUGACAAUCCAAAAUGUCUCCAGACGUGGCCAGAUACCUCCUGGUGGGGAUGGGGAGGCGAAAUUGCCCCUCGUUCAUAACCACUGACUUAAGAGACUCGAUCACACACAAUGCAAUUUUCCUUUUUGUGUCAGACAACCAGGACGGUGUUGUGUUCUUCCAUCAGGAGGCACGUAAUGGCUGGUUUUCUCUCACUGUUGUGAUGUUCAUCCCCAGGUCCAUCAGCUCACUAGGGAUCCAGUUUUGUUAGUCCUCUUCAUUUAUGACCUGGCAUUCUUCUAUGUGAGACAUUCCCCAUCCAGUUACCCAGUGGUGGUGUUUAUAUAGGAGAGGCCGAAUAAAUAGAUUCUUCCCGGUGUUCACUAGUGUUCAAAAUAAUGGGUUAAUCCCCAGGCAUCCUCUAACAGCAACUAGAUAUUUUUUUCAGUGUCAAUCUGAUGCAUUUAGCGUAUUUUAUGUGUUUUAAUCCAUUGGGGUAAUAUAUUUCUGUCCUUGCCUUCUGUUGUUAGCCAUUCUCUCCAGCUCUUCUGCUUCCCUGAUGUUUCAUUCCUUCUUUCCUUACUGAUACUUCUGCUCUGUUUACCCCUUAAUUCCUGCUGGGCCCCAAAUCUCUGUCCUCAUCCUUCUUUCUCACCCAUUCUGUCCUCUGGUUAGACGAUUUCAUCUAUUCUUGGGCUUCAACCACUGUUUCCAUACCAGGAACCUCCAGAUCUAUGUUUCCAUCCAGAACUCUCCUUGGAGUCUACCAGCAUUCUCACAGGGGUACUUCACACUCCACUUAUCUUCCCUUGCCCUUCCCCCAACCUCCUCCUCUCAUGUUGCUGUUUCAGUGAAUUGGAAUCACCUUGCAUCCAUGCAUUCAGGAACCCAACCCCCAAAUGCAGAUACCCUCUCUCUUUCCCACGUCAGAUGAGUCACCAGGUGAGUUUGGUUAUUCCUCUGGUAACUCCUAAAGCAGUUCCUUUGUCUCCGUCCCCCCUGUUUUACCUUGGACCCCUUUAUACCUUGCUCAAAUUAUGACAAAAGCCUACAUAGAAAAUCCUCUGUGAUCUGCUACAGAAUCCCCCAGAGAUUACCUCUGCUGCAGGCCCUCACCUAAAUUGGGACUUCAGUGGAACCAGGCUCCUUGUGGUCUCACCCAGAGUGGGAAAAUGCUGCAGAGCAGGUCUGAGACCCGGUGGGUUAGAGCAGUAGAUAGGGGGGAGUCAAAAGGAAGAGGUUUGCAAAAUGAAUGGGGCCAGCAGCAUUUCUGAGAGAGGUGAAGUCAUCUCAAAAGGAAGUGGUGUCCUUAGCAGGCUUGGUGGAUGAGAGGAAGAAGAAAGCAGAAAGCUGAGGGUGACAGCCUGUCAACAGCAAGUCGAUUCAGAGGAAAACGGGCAACUUCCCAACCCCUGCUACCUACACUUGACUUAUUAAAGAAAUUUUACAACAUUGACCAACAGAAAAAGGCUCUCUUACACCAAGAAACAGAGAAAGGCGGUCAGUCCAUUUCCCAUUUUACCUCUGCCCCCAUAGAGUUGUCUGUCAUUGCAAGCAUGUCAACAUAAAUAGAAAAGGGAACUUACCACAUAGACAUAUGUAGGAAGAAAACAAAGUGAGAAUCGAUUUUUCAAGCUGAUGAAAUACUCCAAAAUAAAGAGAACGAAAGAGAGUAAAGGACAAAUACGGUAAAUUGUAACAACCCUCCGGUGUGAGCUUUAAAAGAAGUUUCAGUGCAAGUGCAGAUGUGAAAGAAUAUCACAGGUCAGAGCAUUUAAAACUCAGAAUGAAAAUGAAGGUUCAACAGACGUGUGUGUGAAGAGAGAACUGAUCAAGCUUGGGAAGGGAUUUGAACAAAAAAUUAAAAGCGUCAUAGGAAUGAAGACUAAAUUACAACAUAUUCAAAUAAAAAUCGAGAUGUCUUCAAGUAUAGUAGAGCAUAUAGAAGAUGGGAAUGAUGAAAGCUAAGACAGCAAAGGAUAGAGAGGAAGAGCUGACAAAGUCCAGAAGGAAAAGGAUCAGUAAAGUAACAGCGGACUCUAAUGACUCUCCCUUGCUGACUUGGAUGAAGUAAGCUGUCCUAUGGAGAGACCCACAAGGCAGGGAAGUGAGGGCACUUUCUGGCCAAAAACCAUUCAAUAGCUGAGGCCCUCAGUCCAGCAAUUAACAAGGAGCUGGAUCCUGCUAACAACCACAUGACUUCCCUAGUCAAGCCUCAAAUGAGACCCCCAACUCUGGCCAACAUCUUGAUUAUAGCCUUGUGAGAGGUUCUGACGCAGAGGACCAGAGGACUCAGGUAAACCGUGCCCAGUUUCUGAACCCACAGAAACUCAUAAUAAAUGGGUGUUGUUUUAGUUUGUGGUGAUAACUAGUUAUUUACUGUUACGCAGCAAUAGAAAUUCAAAGCAUUCCCCAUCUAUAGAGCAGAGGGACCUGCUCAUACACUCCCAGUGGGAUUUGGGAAUGCUAUGGGCCAGUGACUGCUAUCUGCUUCCAUCCUGACACUUCCCAAAUGAUAGCUCUUUUGCUAUUAUCUUGUCUCUGUUUUCGUCCACUUAUGUUGGCCAUGUGAGAGGCUUAGCCUCUCCUAUAUCUGGUUCAUACGUCCUUGGCUCAAGCGUAGGCGCAAGCAGACCUUACUUAGAUGGUGAAAUCCUAAACCCGACUGAGAUUUUCGAGGGCUUUGGGAUGGGAAUGUGCGUACUCUACAUGUGGAAAUGAUGUGUUUAACUGCGGCCAGGAGGAAAAACUGAGACAGCUGCCGAAAUGGCCCCACGUGCCUCAUGGUGUCCGCAUACUUUGUUGCACGGCUUUGUCACGCUCUCCCAUUCUGAGUAGGAUUGGUUGUGUAACUUGGCUUUGGCCUCAUCAGUAAAUGGGAUGCAAGCUGAGGCUCAAAAUGACUUGCUUGAGUGAGCCUUCUCUUUCUUGUAAGAGCAGCGUUACUGCGAUAAGAAGAUGACGGGCACGUGGGACAGAGCCUGGUUCUUCCACGUGCUCCCAGCCAACAACUGGUUGAACCGCAGAUGUGUAAGUUAGCCCAGCCGAUGUCGGAAGCACCUCAGUCACAUGAGCAAUAAACCUUUUAGUGCCGUAAGCCUCAGGCUUUCUGGUUGCUUGUUAGGCAGCGUGAUUUUAACAGUAGUUAACAGCUACAAUACCCAACCUCAUAAAGAUAAAACAAAAUAAGAAACUACAUAUCAAUCUCUUAUUCAUAGCAAUGAAGUUAUUGCCAAUUUUGCCAAUUUGUAAUGAUUUAGUGUAAAUCAUAGAUAUAGGGACGUCUGGGUGGCUCAGUCAGUUAAGUGUCCGACUUCGGCUCAGGUUCGUGGGUUCAAGCCCUGCUUGGGGCUCUGUGCUCACAGCUCAGAGCCUGGAGCCUGCUUCGGAUUCUGUGUCCCCCCCCCUCUCUCUGCCCCUCCCCCACUCCCACCCCUCUCAAAAAAAAAUAAACAUUAAACAUUUUAAAAAGAUCAUAUUUAUAAAUGAUACAUUUGUCAAAUAUCAUUGGAUUAAUAUCAAUAAGAAAAUCCCCAAAAGAAAAUACCAGCAAACAGAAAGCAACAGGGCAUUGAAGAUGAUCGAUCAUGACUCAAGUGCAGCUUAAUGGCUGAGUAUUAGAAAAUCAGUGAAUACAAUUCCCCAUUUUAAUAGAUCUAAAAAGCAAUUUGAUUAUGGUUGCUGAAAAGUCCUCUGACAAAACUUAACACUCAUUCCUGAUUUAAAAAAAGAAAGUUGGGGCUCAGGUCACAAUCUCUUGGUUGUGGGUUCAAGCCCCACAUCGGGCUGUCUGCUGUCAGCACAGAGCACACUUCAGAUUCUCUGUCUCUCUGUCUCUCUGUCUCUCUGUCUCUCUCUCUCUGCCCCUCCCCCACUUGUGAGCUUGCUCUCUCUCUCUCUCUCUCUCUCUCUCUCAAAAAUAAACAUUAAAAAAAUAAAAAUAGAGUCCCUGGGUGGCUCAGUCAAAAGUCUGACUUUGGCUCAGGUCAUGAUCUCACGGUUCCUGGGGUCGAGCCCCGAGACAGGCUCUGUGCUGACAGCUAAGAGCCUGGAGCCUGCUUUGGAUUUUGUGUCCCUGUCCCCUCCCCCCAUCUUUUCCCCAGCUCGUGCUCUGUCUCUGUCAAAACUAAAUACUAAAAAAAACAUUAAAAAUAAAUAACAAUUGAAAAAAAAUCCUUGACUUGUAAUUUCAUCAUCUCUUUUCUGUUUCCAUUGACCAUUCUUUCUCCUUCUUGUGGGUCACAUUUUCUUGCCUUUUCACAUGUCUGGUAAAGUUUUUUAAAUGUUGGGCAUUGUACAUUUUUUAUUGUAGAGAGUCAGAAUUUGUUGAAUUCCUUUAAAAAAGUGUUGAACUUUUGUCUGGUGAGUACUUAAGUCACUUAUGUAUCACCUUAAUCAUUUCAAGGCUUGGCAUGGUGGGCUUACAGUAGCCUUUCUUCUUGGCUAGUUUACUUCUGCUACGGUGGAGUGACCCUUUGUAUCUUCACUCUGAGUGUGCUGGGUAUUUAAUGAGGACUUUCCACUCUGGAUGGUAAGAGCUUAAAACUUCCCUUUCCUGUAUGAGCUCUUGGAGCUCAUAGCUUACAGCUCUUCUGUUGUUUUUUCUCUCUCACCCCAUGGAGUUUCAUUAUGUGUAUGUGCAACUCAGAAUUCAGGAAAAGACCCAAGGAGACUCCUUUGCAGAUGUCCAGCUUUCUUUAUGUAGUUCCCUUCUCUCUGGUACUGUACCAGAGUAAAGUUUGCUCUUAAAUUUGCUAUAGCCUUCUUUUUUUCUUUUUAGGCAAAACUUUUUUUUUUUUAAUGUUGAUUUCUAAAAGAGAGGGAGAGAGAGAGACAGAGCAUGAGCAGAGAAGGGCAGAGAGAGAGAGAGAGAGAGAGAGAGAGAGAGAGAGAGAGAGAGAAUCCGAAGCAGGCUCCGGGCUUUGAGCUGUCAGCACAGAGCCCAAUGCAGGGCUCGAACUCAUGAGCCAUGAGAUCAUGACCAGAGCCCAAGUCGGAUGCUUAACCGACUGAGCCCCCCAGGCGCCCCGUUAAGUUUGCUAUAGUCUUCUUGAUUUUUAGUCUCACUCUGUUCUCGACUCUGCAAGGUUGCCAGGCUCUGCUUGGGAUACACUUCCUGCACUGUGGACUGGAAUUUGUCUCCAGGCAUAAAGCAGGGGCAAUCAUAAGGCUCCCUUCAUUUUUUUUUUUUUCUUUUCUCAGGGAUUACAGCUUGUAUAAUGUCCAAAAAUAAUUGCCUCCUAUAUCUUGUCCAUUUUUCUGGUUAUGGUAGAUAUAACAUAUGACAAAUGCCAUUCCACUUAUUCUGCGAUGGCCUGAGGAAAAUUGUUACCCAGCUCAAUUUUGAUUCCAUUUCCAGCAGUUUCUCAAUGUAGGAAUCUGACCUAAAUCGGAGCACUGGGGAUGCCUGAGGGGCUCAGUCAGUUAAGUAUCCAGCUGUUGAUUUUGGCUCAGGUCAUGAUCUCGGGGUCAUGGCAUCGAGCCCCACAUAGGGCUCUGUGCUGGGCAUGGAAUUUGCUUGGGAUUCUCUCUCUCCAUCUCCCCCUCUCCGCCUGCCCCUCUCCCACUUACAAGUGCACACACUCCCUUUCUCUCUCUCUCUCUCUCAAUAGAUAGAUAGAUAGAUAGAUAGAUAAAACAGAGCCCUGGCUAAUCAGUCUUAAGAGUUCACAGAGACAAACUCUUCCAGCUGUUUCUAUUUUUACCACAAUCUCCUUGCAUUCACUUGCUGUCAGAUUGGGGAAACCCCUCCCAGUUUCACCUACUGUUCUUAAGUUAUUGAACCACGAUUUCCGAGGAAUAUCUCCUAGCUGUUUGGGAUUCUAUUGUUCUUGGGAAUCUCAUCCACCCUGUUGUUUUCCUCAGAUCCCCCUUGCACACAUGCUGGUCCAUGAAGCUUUCAUUGCUGUUGGUAGCUUGUAGGUUGCCUCCGUUUGCUUGUAUUUUUGGUGUUUUGGAGGAAGCUUUGUCACCUAGUAUUGUUGCAAAUGUAUAUGGAUAUUCUGUUUUUGUUUCCAUGUAGUUGCUCUGUGAGGAUUUUGGAAGAUUCGAAAACUAUACAACCACCAGCCUAGCCACCGCUUUUCUGGAAUCUGGUAGAAGUUUUAAGAGCCUGAAUAUAAUUUACCAUGCUCUUGCCUUCUAUCUCUGCAAUAAUAGAAGCAUGUGUCAAAAUGUAGCCUACAUUAGCUCGUGUCCCUGAGUUAUUACAAUGAGUAGAACUUGCUUGGUGACUCACCAUGGACAGGUAGCAUGAGCGAAAAAGAAAUUUGGUUGUUUUAAGCCAUCGAGAUUUGGAGAUUUUCCGUUACCGCUGCAUAAUCGAAUCUAUUUUGAGAGAACUUUCUACCCAACCCAAUUAAUUUAGUUGCCUUCAAGAUGGCCACCAUAAGUUAAGAAAGACAGAAUGGGGAGAAGUAUGAAGAGAAGGGGGAAAAGAAAUAAAAACAGUUGGAGAGUUGUCGGAGUAACUUUUAAUGUUGAUGGCACAUAGAAUAGAUUAGAAAUAAAUAGAUAGCUUACUAAGGUUUGGUUCACCCCAUUAUAUAGAGUGGGGUUCACCCCCAUUAUAUAGAAUGAAUAGUACCCUCUGAAAUCUUUUAAUGUGGUACUGCUGUAACUAAAUUACCCACUAAUAUGUUCUAAUAUAUAUUACCCUAUAUCUCUCAUAAUUAUCCACUAUAGCAUCUCUCUAACAAGUGACUCUCAAAAGUUGAAAGAGGCUGGGGCCACUUGACUUUUCUUUAAAGUGAAGAGUUCUUCAAAUCAAAUUAUAAAAAUUGUGGUUAUUUUAAGAGUUUAUCUUGACAAAUGAAUGCAUGUAACCCUCACAAUAAAAUGCCUUAGAACUAU